CAAAAAGAUAGAAAUGAUAUUAAUUUGAACAUAAUUUGUUCAAAUGAUAACAUAAGUGACAUAAAUGAGGAGUGUUUGCAAUGGUUAACACAAUGGGAGUCCACGCGAGACAUUCAAGUGAUCCAAAUGUCAGAUACGACAACAACUAUUGAUAUGACAAUCAACUCAAUAGAGUCAACAGUUUUUGAUCAGUUAUUCACAAUCAAUAUAACCGAAAAAGAGAUUAACGAACCAUUGAUGCCGUCAUAUAAGUGGGCCUUUCUUUUGCUGGGUUUGCUUGUAUUCACCGGUGGUUUUGGCAAUAUUCUGGUCUGUCUUGCAAUUGGUUUUGAAAGGAGACUACAAAAUGCCACCAAUUAUUUCCUGCUCAGUCUGGCGGUGGCAGACCUACUCGUCUCAGUGGUAGUCAUGCCAUUUGGUAUCUUAAAUGAAUUUUAUGGCAUUUGGCCGUUUGGGUCGUCAAUCUGUAACCUAUGGGUGACGUGUGAUGUUCUUUGCUGUUCGUCGAGUAUUCUUCACAUGUGUUUCAUAUCUGUCGGACGUUAUGUGGGAAUUAAGAACCCAUUGCACGCAAGACAAGCGCCACUUCUGGUUUCCAGAAGAGCUGUUCUCUUAAAGAUAUCGUUUGCAUGGCUUUUGUCGGCAGUCAUCACUUCCCCCCUAACUAUAAUGGCUGUAUUCGAUAAAACUAAUAUACAACCGGAACCGUUAGUCUGUGCCAUAUCCAGUCGUCCCUUUCAGAUAUUGGGUUCAUUGAGUGCCUUCUUCUGUCCGAUGAUUGUUAUGCUAUCCUCUUAUGUGCUAACAGUAAGACUAUUGAGAAGAAAAGCCAAAUUUUAUGAGGACUCGUGUCAUAACUUCCCAACAACUCAUACAUCUGAUAAUGAAUUCAUUGAAUCACAUAAUAGAUUCAAAAAGACUACAACUUCUUCAUCAUCAGGCAAAGAGUAUUAUUUAGGUAAUCGCACGGUUAGCUUGAGCUCAACCUCAUCAGCAAAUAGCGCCACUUCUGGUAAUUUACAAUUAAUGGUCAAUCAAUGUUCAGUAUCACAGUAUGAAAUGAGUUGUACGGACUCUCACCUUAGACCAAUUAAUGUCUCACAUAAUAACUUAUCUGUAAAACGUUGGGAUUCUGAUUCAAAUAAGUCUGAAUUAACUAAUCACAAGAAAAAACACACGAAUCGUAAAACUCAACCAUUAAUGUUAAGAACAUUGGGAUCUAGUCUUCAGGUGCGAAAUGAACAAAAAGCUACGAAAGUGUUGGGUCUCGUAUUUUUCGCGUUUGUCAUAUGUUGGGCCCCUUUCUUUAGUCUCAAUUUCAUGUUUGGAGUUAUGCCUAACCCUAACAUUCCCGAUGAAGUGACCACAACUUUCCUAUGGCUCGGUUAUAUCUCAAGCAUUAUAAAUCCGAUUAUAUAUACAAUAUUUAACCGCAAUUUCCGUCGGGCUUUCAAACGAAUUAUUUUGUGCCAAAUCUGUGCCAACGAUUCUGUUCCGAAAAGUCGGCGCUUUAGUCGUACAGCUUCUCAAACUCGGGAUACGACCCAUAAAAGGUGUUCCGCAUCUCCCGUAUCGCCCGCACGCCAAACAUCAAGAUUAUGUGAUAUCAGCACAUCUUUUAAUGAGUCAAUACAUGAAGUUAAUGACAGCAAUAACCAUAAGAGUCAAUCUCAGACAAUAACGAGUGCUCACUAUAAAUGA